UGAGAUAACUUCCGAAGUUGCAGUCACAAGAUGAUGAUAGCGCUACACCCAAUCCUUUUCUCAACUUGGAGAAGAAGAAAGUAAAGAAGGCUCACUCUACUGUAUGUUCCUCCUUAGCUCCAUUUCCAUUUCAUCUUCCCUUUAAUCUCUCUCUUGAUUUCCUGCAUCUUUUAAUCUUUAAAUGCUCAACCAUAACUUCAUAUGAAGUUUCUUGUGGUGUCAAAAUUCUGGAGAUAAGGAAUUGCUUAUUUGUUUUUUUCACUAAACUGUUCAAUUCAUGACUAUGCUUAUAAAUUCAUCGCCUCCAUUAACAAACCCAUCUCCGGAUCUCGCAAGAAAACCCUAUGAAUUCUUCCCCGAAAGGCCCAAGCUUUAUGACUCAUUGCUGCAUAAGAAGAGGUUUUGUAGAGUAUUAGCCGUUUCCCAUACCCGUACUAGCAAUUCUUGUUGGAAACAGAGCGAUUUAGCCGUGAAAGAUGGUAUUUUUGUUCUGCCCAACUGGAAUGUUUCCAGUAAUGACAGAACAGCCAGAGAACUUAAGCUCCAUGAUGCAAUUCUGUAUUUAGAGUACAUGGUAGAGAAAGGGUAUAAGCCUGAUUUAACCCAAGCCACCAAUCUAGUAUAUGCCCUUUGCCAACACGAUAAGGCUAUGGUGCUCUUGGAAGUCAUAGCGGCCAAGGGGGGUAAACCUAAUUUGGUUUGUUACAAUGUCGUGUUGAUUGGGCUUUGUAAGGAGAGGAGAGUUGACGAAGCUCUUCAGCUCUUUAGGAAAUUGCCAUCGAUUCGGAUUUACCCUAAUGUUGCUAGCUACAAUGUGCUAUUGAGGAGCUUGGGCUCGGAAGGGCGUUGGGAGGAGGCGAAUCGCCUUCUUGCUGAAAUGGACCGGGAAGGCAUUUUGCCCACUACAGCUACCUACAAUAUUCUAAUUGAUUCGCUCGCUAGCCAUGGUCGAAUUCGUAGUGCUAUUGAUAUCUUGGAAGAAAUGUACUCGGGGGUUACCCUUAGGGCAACAGCUGAUAGUUACAACCCGAUAAUCACCCACUUUUGUAAAUCAAAAAAGGUGCCCGAAGUGAUAAACUAUCUCAACCAGAUGAUCGAUCACCAGUGUGAUCCUAACCCCGGGACGUAUAACGCCAUCGCUGUUCUUUGCGAGGAGGGAAUGGUGCACGAGGCCUUCAAAAUCCUCGAGCGCUUGAGGGCCAUAAAGGGGCACCCAGUUAACGAUUUCUACAGAAACGUGAUCUCCAUUCUAUGUAGCAUGGGGAAUACCUAUCCCGCAUUUCAGCUUCUGUGUGAUAUCACACUAUCCGGAUUCACUCCCGACAAGUUCACCUAUUCGUACCUAAUCAAAGGCCUGUGCAAGGAGGGAAUGCAGAACGCUGCCAUCGAGAUAGUUAGGAUUCUCGAGGCGAACUGUUACAGGCCAAACGUCAAGAACUUCAGCGCUCUAGUGAUCGGAUUGUGCAAAUGUGGGAGGACGGAUUUGGCGUUGUCGGUUUAUGAAGAGAUGAUCGAGAAAGGGUAUAUGGCGGACGAGAAAACGUAUAGCAUUAUAGUUGAAGGGCUUGUGUAUGAAGAAGAAAAGGAGCUGGCAGGUUUGGUUUUGAAAGAGUUGCAUUUGCAGAAAGUGAUCAGUACAGAUAUGAUGCAGUGGCUUGCCUUGCAGUAUGAGCUUAGUAUAGCAAAGGUUGUACAUGAAACAGAUGAAUAACCUGCAACAUUGAUUGUAUCUAAUAUUUUGAGUGUUUUUUUUUUUUUUUUUUGCAGUAUUCUUCAUGUGGUUAUGUAACAUGAAAAUUUCAUGGAAUAGUAUUCUUCAUGUAGUAACACUAAGCUUAAUUUGGUAGUUCAA